AUGAGCGCACCCGUGGAGCGACUCGAGGAAAUUGACGUGGCAGUUCAGCGGGCUGCGCAAGACUUUAGCCUUCGGGAGUUGCACUUCCACGCGCUGCCGGCGGUCUAUCGGCAGGAACUGGAGGAGCAAGAAGGUGCGGUAUCGCAGCGUGCGAGUGGUCCCAGGUGCAGCGUUGGUGUUGCGGUGAGCGGUGUGCCUGCAGAGGCGGCGGCGCGCAAACUCGCGCGCGACACCCGUGCGGACAUCCUGCUUCGCGUUACGCUCGGUGAACCGCGCAUUGGCUCUUUCCAAGCAAUAAGCUUGCGUCGCCAGAGACUGCGUACGAAUUCGGAACUGGAGGUAUUCCAAUGGCUGGAGCGCCGUCUCGAAGGCCAGGGCCACGGCGUCGCGGAUCCGAGCACAGGAAGCGCUGCGGAUGGAGGCGCGCUCCUCUUCCGCAUCACCGGCCCUGAAGGUGUGCAGCAUGUAUUUACAGGUUGGUCGAACGAUUGGAUACAGUGCACGGCGGUUUUUCAUGCGAACUUUUUUGAUGAUCUAGACAUGCUGGUGGACGUGCUCUGGAACCCGCCCGAAAACGGAACAUCUGGAGGACAGGCCACCUCCACGAGCCAGUUUAUCGGCAGAGCGGCCAUCAUGGCUUCAGAGCUCGUCGAGAUGAAGGGUGUACUGCAGCGACCGUUGGUCAAUGACGCGCAUAGCGUCAUCGGUGAAUUCCGGUGCGAAUACUGUGUGAUUAAGCCGUACGCGGGUACCUUGCCUCCGCGAAUGGCACAGUUGCGUUUCAGUCUGAAUGAAGGAAUCAAUGAGCGCAAGAAGAUCCAACUUAUCGGUCAUCGCGGGGCUGGUAGUCAAAAAACGCGCAGCCGCGUCCAGGAAAAUACGGUGUUGAGCUUUCUGACCGCGAUACGCAAGGGCCUGGUGGAUGCGAUCGAGCUGGAUGUGCAGUUGACCCGCGAUCAAGUACCGGUCAUUUACCAUGAUUUCUUCAUCCGUUGCGUAGACGAGGACGACGUCGAUGAGAGUGACGACGAGCGUUUUCGGACCGCGUGGAGCGCUUCACCCGUUCGCUCGGAUCGCGGUGCGCGUCUCAACGAGAGCAUGUUGAACGGCUCCCGGGUUUUGACGCGCUCAUCACGGACUCCAGAUGACAGUGCCGAAGACGUACACUGCACCUGUGAAACGGCCAACUUAGAGUAUGCUUCGGAGCGUGACAGUUGCAGAGCGUCUGCAGUCUCGGCGAACAGCACACACCAUGUUGCAGCAGCGGAUGCAACGGCCCCGCCGUCGACGAACACGCUGACGAAUGCCUCGACGAGCGAUCAGCCGCACUGUCUCCGGGAUCAUGCUCGGGCGAGUGGCAAGGCGAACCAACCGAAAUCGAGGCGUUACGGAACACCUAUUUAUUCUCUAACGUACGAAGAGUUCAAGAGCGCGUGCCGCAGCAUGCCCCGUUCGCGCAGCCGCGGCGGUAAUCUCCGUGUCCACGGAACGACACCGCAGAGAGAGCCGCGCUGGUCCGAUGAGUGGUCGGAUUUCACGCGGGUGGCAUCAUCGGACGGGAACCUGGGGUAUCUGGUACGCCAUUUCUCCGAGAGCAGUGAGCGCACCGAUGACGCGAAUCCUAUCGCGAUGAUACGGGACAACGCGCUGCCGUCGCUGCGUCGCGUUCUUGAUCGGGUUCCCGAGGAAAUCACGCUUCUUGUCGAAAUCAAGUAUCCAACACCAGAAUUAAUGAGAGAAACGUCGCUACCCUAUCCGGAGCGCAAUCACUUCAUCGAUCGCGUCCUCGAAGUCAUUUUCCAGAAGGGCAGCCUCAAGCGUCGCAUUGUCUUUCUCAGCUUCGACCCGGAUGUUUGUCUGAUGGUUCGCAAGAAGCAAGCCAUUUACCCGGUAUGCUUCCUGAAUGCGGCUGGACGAAGCGCCAUGAGUGAACAUAGCGACCCGCGGGCACUUAGCGUAGCGAACGGCAUCGCGUUUGCGGUCUGGGCCGGCCUCGACGGCAUGGUGCUUCUGUGUGAUCUGAUUUUCGAAGAGCCUGGUAUCGUUGAAAUCAUUCAUUCCGCUGGACUCAAAGUUUACUGUUACGGGAGCUCUACCGCCGAGCCUCAUUACUGUGAACAGCUCAUUCAUUGGGGUGUCGACGGUAUUAUCGCCGAUCGGGUCGGCUACAUUGCACGAGCCUUGAACCCACUCUUCAUGGCGAAUGCGAAUCCGGAAACGAUCGAAACCGCGUAA